CCCACCCCCCAAAAAAUAAAAGAAAUUGCAGAAAGAGAAGGCCGAAAACAACUAGAAAACUCCAAGAAUACCCUCCCCCCCUCGAAGCAGCACCGCCGUCGUUAUUCCCAUCGAUCCAACAAUGGCCAUUGGUGGCGGAGUGCGGCUUCUAUCGCUCGACUUCGCCUCGUCCUUCAUGUGGGUAUGGUCGGGCGUGCUCAUCAAGAUGGCCGCCUACAGCUUGGUUGCAGGGUUAGGGCCACACGAAGAAUUCAAACGCGAGAUCGUUAAAUGCGCCGUCUCAAUCCUCAACCUCUUCUUCUUCUCGUAUUUGGGCAAGCUCACCGAUGGUGCGUCCUGCAAUCCCCUCACCCUCUUGCCGACCGCCAUUUCUGGGGAUUUCCCCCAAUUCCUCUUCAAUUUUGGUGCCAGAAUUCCUGCCCAGGUUAUUGGAUCUAUCAUAGGCGUUAGGCUCAUUCUUGAGACUUUUCCAGGAAUAGGACACUUGUACCGUCUCAAUGUUGAUAUCCAUCAAGGAGCGCUAACAGAAGGGCUUAUUGCAUUUGCUAUUGUGAUUGUCUCACUUGGUCUAACCAGAAACAUGCCCGGAAGCUUUUAUAGGAAAACCUGGAUCUCCAGUGUCUCCAAGCUUGCUCUUCAAGUGCUGGGUUCUGAUCUAACUGGUGGAUGCGCAAACCCGGCCACUGCAAUCGGGUGGGCUUAUGCUCGCGGGGAUCAUCUGACAAAGGCGCAUAUACUUGUCUACUGGCUUGCUCCAGUAGUGACAACUGUAUUGGCAGGAUGGACGUUUAAGUUGGUGUUCAGGCCCCGGCAAGGGGAGAAGCCAAACAUGAAGAAUGAGAAAUCGGAUUGAUCUUUAGUUAGCAUGCUACUUACAUUGACCUUGCCUGAAGGAGGGUCCUUAUAUCAUGUCGAUUAAUCCGUGAAAAAACACAAUGUCUGCAGAUUUCCAUUGAAACUAAACUUCACAGAUGCAUUUACCAAUAGUUUGAAGUAGACUUUUUUGGAGAUCCCGGAAUACUUGAUCCUUCAGCAAUACCUGCAAGGAUGCUGCUUAAGGUAUUUUGUUUUGGCGGGCUAGGAAGAAACCCUAGGUUGCUAAGUAUGUUACUCGCUGCUGAAAGUGAUAGCUAGCUGAUCUUGCCUUGGAAUCUGGAUGCUGCUCAAGCGGUUCUGAAUCUGAUUGAAGAUAUUCAUUCUGUUUCCAAUAGUCUGUUGAUUUUGUAGAGAUGUUAUACAGAGGGCAAUAUGCUACAGGUUCACAUAUUUUGUAGAGAUUACAUACAAUAUACGAAGUAAUUGGAAAUUUAUUUUGUGCUCUUA